UAUUCGUAAGUCGCACAGGUCAACUGGUAAAAGAAGGGCAUGUGCACUGCACAUCACUUACUUAAAAAUUAGAAAGUUUACAUUAUUCGUGGUGUCAUUUCUUUCUGUCAACUGUUUCCACGCAGAAGUUUAAAAUAUUAUAAAUUUUAAUUUUGUGUAAAGUGUUGAGAAUUAUGGGAACAUAAUUAAUUCUUGCUUCCAACUGGUAUUUAAUUAACGAUUUGCGUAGUUACAUAAAUAUUUUGAACACCUUUAUUUAUCGAAUUUUUUAUACACAUUCCAGUAUUAAAAUAAUACCGAACGGUUUUCAUAUAUGACUCGAUACCAAAGUGAAAUUAAUAACAGUUCAAUAUUAAAGUUUUAAUAUAUCGAUAGCCCAUUUUUAAUUCUUACGGUCCGGAAUAAUUUUACUACCAAACAGUAGCAACUUUAAUACCGAGAAAUCAAUACGUGCGAGACUACACUAGACUUUGUAAAAGCGUAUUAAAAAAUUGUGAAUAUAUUUAUUACCCCUAAUUUUUAAACAAUGGCGGCAAAAUCAUUCAUUCCCCGCGGAAGUGGGAACCUUAUCCGGGACCUGUUAUCACCCACGUGCUCCAUUCCCUUGAAUAAGCUACAUCUAAAAGUUGACCCGAAAUUAAACUACCCGCCGGAAUUGUUCAGCUAUUUUCUGCCCCAGCGGAUCGAUGCGAUACGGAUAACUUCCUUAUCGCCGUGUCUCAUUUGUUCAGUGGACACAGAGUUGAAUCCCAUCAGUUCGGCAGAGACUGAAAUUUUGAACCAAAUGCGGCUUAAAAUUUCGAAAACUAGGGGAAAUUAUGCGAUGGUGAGGGAUAGCUCGAUUUGCGCCACGUGUCGAAAAAUGAUGGGGAAAAUGAGGAAGCUGAGACAACAAUUGGUUAAGAUUGAGACUUGUCUGAAAUUCGCGAUAAGGCUCAAGUUGGAUAAGGUGGAGGAAGCAGGAAACAUAAACUCCCCAAAGUUCAACCACUCCGACCUCAUUCCACUCUCCGACACGUUUCCUAGUUGCCAUAAUUCACCCUCAAAAUCCUACCACAGCCCAAACAGGGUACCCAUUCUCCCCCUUAAAGAUGAUGACCCUCCUCCUCCCACCCAAGGGGGUCAUGAUACAGAUGCCCCCAUUCCGGACCACCAAAUCCCAUCCGAUCUACAAUUACCAUCAAUUUUACCUCCAGCCGAGGACGAAAUGUACUCCGUCAUCGUGAUCAAGUCGUCCGAACUUGGGAACGUUUUGCGAGACCCGGGUCAACUUCAGGAACUUUUGAACAAACAAAAUUCGCAAAUUGGCAAUUUUGCCAAUUUGAGUGCACCAGUAAAAGUGGAACGUAACACGGAGGGGGAGACCUCAUCUGCUAGCAUGGACACAUCCCAUCAAGAAGCCACAAAUUCUGGAAACCAUGUGCGAAAUAAAAUUACGAGAAAAAAUCCGAGAAAAUCGUGGAAAAUGCGAAGCUUCAACAUCCCCCAAAAAAAGAUUCCUGUCAAAAAAGUAGCCAAGACGGUGACCGUGCCAGUAAAGAAAAUUAAAACCGAACCUGACUCAUUUUCAAAAAGCGAGGAAACAACUAUUGACCCAGACCAAGGAAUAUUUCGGUGCGAAAUUUGCAUGCAGGAUUUCACUGUGCCUGGAAAUCUACGAGUUCAUCUGUAUACGAAGGGCCACCAUGAAGGCGUCAGAGGUCGCAGAGAGAAACCCGACGGUAGCGUUGUUUUUGGCUGUGACCGUUGCGACUAUGAAUCGUUUUCUCCCCAGUUGCUCCUCCAACACAAGUCCAGAAGAAGGAAUGACAUCAGACAUUUGUAAAGUGGAAAUUAACCAACAAGGCUUAACAAACGUUUAAUUUUUUAUACUUUUUAAAUUCCUUACAAUAUAAUUCAUGAAUAAUACAUAAAUUUGUAAAUAAAUUUGAGAAAUAAAGUUUUAUGUAAAUAAAGGCACGAGAUUUACGCCUAUUUCACUGACA